CGUUGUGUUGCUUCAGCAGAUGUCUCGCCGCGCCGAGGUCAUCAUUUCCGCGAAGUGCACCCAUCGAUAGAUUGUAGACCUAAUGUAUCAGAGAAUUGCAGUAAUAAUACCGAGCUAGCCUCCGCGCUGGCACAAUUAUUCACACGUCCACCGUGGCGUGAGUGCCACCAGACCAGGAAAUCACGAUCGGCCCAUCAAAGCUUUUAAUCCUGUCUCGAAACACGAUAAAUAGCAUUUUAAAUUAAUAAGCAGGAAGUAAUCGCGUAAUCAAUUAAUCUACGCGAUUAAGGAUUAUUCUGUGUUAGAAUUUCGCUUGAAACUGUCGUGUUUUGAUAUUUUUGAAUUAAAAUGGUGAUUAAAAAGAUUUGCUGUUUGGGAGCUGGCUACGUCGGCGGGCCUACCUGCAGUGUUAUAGCUCUCAAAUGCCCGGACAUCACAGUGACUGUGUGCGAUAAAAGUAUAGAUCGUAUAAACCAGUGGAAUUCGGAGAAAUUACCGAUCUACGAGCCCGGGUUAGACGAUGUCGUGAAGGAAUGCAGAGGCCGGAAUCUAUUCUUCUCUACGGACAUAGCGACCAGUAUUCAAGAAGCCGAUCUGAUAUUCAUCUCUGUCAACACUCCUACGAAGACUAUCGGUAAUGGAAAAGGCCGCGCCGCGGAUUUGAAGUAUAUAGAAGGCGCUGCGCGAAUGAUUGCCGAUAUAGCAACUAGCAAUAAGAUAGUGGUCGAAAAAAGCACUGUACCAGUUAAAGCUGCAGAGAUAAUCAUGAAAAUAUUACGCGCCAACACUAAACCUGGUGUUAACUAUCAAAUAUUGUCUAAUCCAGAGUUCCUGGCUGAAGGUACAGCUAUAGUUGACUUGGUAGAAGCUGACCGAGUUCUGAUUGGUGGAGAAGACACACCUGAUGGCCAGCGCGCUGUGCAGGAGCUCUGCUGGGUGUACGAGCACUGGAUACCCGCUAAAAAUAUCCUGACAACCAACACUUGGAGUUCCGAGCUGUCCAAACUAGCAGCUAAUGCUUUUCUUGCUCAAAGAAUCUCUAGUAUCAACUCUCUGACAGCCGUCUGCGAAGCUACCGGGGCUGAUGUGUCCGAGGUAGCCAGGGCCGUUGGCCGGGACUCCCGAAUCGGUCCCAAGUUCCUAGAAGCCUCCGUCGGCUUCGGAGGCAGCUGCUUUCAAAAAGACAUCCUGAAUCUAAUCUAUUUAUGUGAAUGUCUAAACUUGCCAGAAGUAGCUGCUUAUUGGCAGCAAGUUAUCAGCUUGAAUGAUUACCAAAAGACCAGAUUCACUCGGAAAGUCAUUGAAUCACUCUUUAAUACAGUUUCGGAUAAAAAGAUAGCUAUACUCGGCUUCUCAUUUAAAAAGAACACCGGUGAUACUAGAGAGUCUCCUGCUAUCCUCGUUUCUACAACAUUAUUAGACGAGGGAGCUAAACUGCACAUCUACGAUCCGAAAGUAGAGAAAGAACAGAUGCUAUAUGAACUAAAGCAUCCAUCUGUUACGUCAGAUCCUGAAUCGGUAAAGAAGAAUGUUGUAAUUCAUGACUCUGCAUACUCAGCGGUAACGGGAGCUCAUGCUAUAGUGCUCUGCACAGAAUGGGACGAGUUUAAAGAGCUGGAUUAUAAGAAGAUAUUUGAUGUGAUGAUGAAGCCAGCGUAUUUGUUUGACGGGAGGAAGAUAUUGGACCAUGACGCGCUGCUGGAGAUCGGAUUCCACGUUCAGACUAUCGGGAAAAGGCUGUCGAGGUCGAGCAGCAUCAGGGCACAGGGCAGCCAAACUUCAUAAACGUAUCGUCACAAAUAAUAAAAGAAUGAGAUUAGAGCUACCGAGGAUUUUAUGCAUCCUAGCGCAACUAUGAAAGUACUCGUACGGAUGUAGUGCAUAAUAAUAGUUAUUUGUUUCACUCGGGGGCAAAGUUGUUGUUUAACCGCACGUGCUGAUAUUGAUACCCGAGCAAGCGAAAGAGUACAAAAGAAAUUCUCGCUACGCUCGUGGUUCGAAAAACGAUCUUGAGCGUUGCGAGGGUUUCAAAGCACGAGGGCACAACACGGGGGUUAAACAGAAUUUGCCCCCGAGUGAAACACAAAAUUUUUCACCACCCGAAGAAAAUAUUAACUGUAAGGUAUCAAACAAAAACAAAUCCAAAUGAAUGUUAUGGAUAACAAUUAUGCACUACAUCCGUGAGUAUACCAAUUUAUAAGUCAUAACAAUAUUAUAGGUAGUAAAAAAAUGUAAAAACAACCGUUUUAUGCCGUGUGGAAAGAUAAGUCGGGCCCUGGAGGGAAACUACCUUAAAUCCUCAAGCUGGCUCAUUUUACUUAAAGGAGACAUUCCUUUAUUUUUAAAAAGAAACAAAAUUGCAUUCAAAGAUUUUCUAAAACUCGCUUGCCUCGCCCGGGACUCGAACCGACUAAAAAUUCCAAAAAAUAAACUCUCGCAAUAUUAUAACACUAGCCGUUACAGUUAAUGUUAAUGAUAACAUUUCUCCAAGAAACAUAAGGUCUUAACUCGUCUGUCGUACAAAAUAUCCAUAAAAUCUAAUAUUUAGUACUCAAGAUUUUUUAGACAAGCAAAAUUGAAGAAAAAAAGAAAAAUCUUUGAAUGCAGAUUUGUUUCUUUUUAAAAAUAAAGGAAUGUCUCCUUUAAGUAAAAUGAACCAGCUUAAGGAUUUAAGGUAGUUUCCCUCCAGGGCCCGACUUAUCUUUCCACACUGUAUAUGUGUACCUAUUUAUGUGAAGGUAAAUAAACUUCAGAUUAUAUGUAGAUAUAGUCUGUAUCUUUAGGUAUUUAAAUAAAAGUAAACAAACAAUUUGUACAUUUUCGGGUAGUUAUAACAUUUAUCGGUUAACCGACCAAUUACAAAACCUCCUGGAUCAGUCACUGAACGAAUCGUGUAAUGUUUUCAUUUACCCUCAACUGACUUAAGGAGCCAUUUGAGGGUAGAUUUUGUUUACUUUUAUUUAAAUACCUAACGAUACAGAGUAUAGUUUUACUGUUUUAAUACUGUAAACUAAGGUAACUUUAGUCCACAACUUAUAACUGAGGAGUGUCUUUUCAAAGGCACUUAUUUUUGUAUAAUGUAUGUAUCAGAUCACUUAUUUGUAUUAAAUAAGCCCUUUUGACACUCCGAAUUCAGUUCCCAAUUAGGGAAUGCAAUAACCGGCCAAACUUCAUAACCAGUUUCGGUUACGGUUAUGCCCGAAAAAUAACCGAACAUCGGUUAUAACCGGUUACGGUUAUUUUUGACAAAAAAUUAUAAAAUAACAAUAAAGUCAUUAAAACAUUACGAAAAUGAAGGUACAGUAUUAGGGAAUGUGAUUAAACGAGUAAGUCUUCGUUUUUUAAUGAAACACACAAAAUACAGUAAAAGUAAAAUAUGACCUUGGACGUGAUACAAUAUUCAAUAAAAAUAUUUCAUAAAUAAGGGAAGUAAUACUUUUUUAUUAAAGUACACGAAUGACAAAAAUUAUAGUCACAGGCGUCACAGGCAAAAAGGCAGGAUUUUGUAGUCAUCACUCUUAGAUGAUAAAAACAUAGAAUUUAUGUCGUCAUAAAUAAAUAACCGAAAAUAACCGUAACCGGUUUUUUUUUUAUUAUGAAUGGGCUUACUCAUGGCCACAGACUAGCCGAGGCGUAGACGUGGCCUACGAUGGAGCGAGCUCGCCCAGAAGGUGCAUGUUCACUCUUAUGUUACUCUGUCUACUGUUAUUCGAGUUUCCAAUAUUCGGUUAUGAAAUUUUGUCAAAAUAUUCGGUUACAACCGAAUAUUUGCAUUCCCUAUUCCCAAUCCAGUUUCAUUUAUACCCAGUUACUUUUUAUUUAAAGUUUAAAUGGACUAAAAUUUAAUAUUUCUUUUUGAAACUUUGUAGUGAUUUUCACAUAUUUGUGACGUCCCACGGGUAAUGGUACCUUAUGGCGAUUGGCGCUUACGCUAUUGUUAAACGCCGUUCAUUAUUAUUGCGGCGCUAUGCGACGUAAGCGCCAGCCACCAUAAGGUACCUUUUGCCGUGGAACGUCACAUAUUUCUUGGUGAAACUCUGUUACUUGAUUUUUACAUAUUUUACCACUAAGUAUUUACCGUAUAAAUAUGUAAUUAUGAUUUAGUUAUAGUAUACGCAUUUGCGAUAAAAUGGUCACAAUUUAAACUGCCAAUUAAUGCAUUGUUUUAUCAGUUUAACCUUGUACGUCCCGGCGUACUAAAUUUAGAACAAAUUACGAUAAGUAUUACGUAAAAAUAUUAAAACUUGAUUUAUGUUUCGAAAUGAAAAGCUAUAGUUAUUUUAGACUAAGGAUAAGAAAUUUUACUUUUAUAUUGUAUAAAUAUUUUAUUUUAUUUUUAAAAAAGAUUACACAAACUAAGUUAUGGAUUUAUGGAAUGGUUUAAAGGUGUAUUAGGCUGAUUCCGAGUGCUUUAGAAUGUCGAGCCAAUUUCCGGAAUUACCCGAUACUCUUUUAAGUAUUUCGAAUUAUACAGCGUAUAAUAUAACAUUUUUCUGGCCUGUUAAGUUCAUUUUUGUUACGAUAAUGAAAUAAAACAAUUUAAAAAGUAUAUCGCGUACUCUGAACCUGUAAAAAGUAUAUCGCGUACUCUGAAGCGUUUCCACCAGAGAUGAGCGAGUAGUGUGUUUGUUAAGAACUAAUAGAAUGUUACUCGCUAGAGCAUGAAGUAAUAAUUAGUUCUUAACAAACACAUUCCUCGUCGCUCAUCUCUGGUGGAAACGAAGCCCUUUAACACCCCGCUAACCAUACAAAAGUAGGCAAAGAAAUUUUUACCAAUCGGAGUAGGAUAAUAAACUCGUUUUCUUGUUAGGGUUCCGUACCCACAGGGUAAAAACGGGACCCUAUUACUAAGACUCCAACGUCUGUCUGUCAGCAGGCUGUGUCUCAUGAACCGUGAUAGCUAAUAAACAGCUGACAUUUUCACAGAUGUCGAUUUCUGUUGCCGCUAUAACAACAAAUGCAUAAAAGUAUGGAACCCUCGGUGGGCGAGCCCGAUUCGCACAAGUCCGGUUUUAUUAACCCAAUGGCUUACGCCGCGACCCAUAGUUUGGGGAAUGGUGAUCUAAACUGAAAAUCGUAAUUCAAGACCAAAAAAAGUAAGACAAUGUUGCCACUGCAAUAAUGUGUUUGUAAAAUAGUAAAUUGUUUUUUUAUAAAUAAACACGCUAAGAUAAUUUAUUUAUUGGUAAGUUUACUCCUACGAUUUAAAAAAGUACUUUUAUUGCCGUUUGUGCCCAAAUAAACAUUAAAACUAGUGAUGUACCGACUAUUGAUUUGGCCGACUAGCCGACUAAUCGGCGCUCGAAUGGCCGAUUAGUCGGCCGACUAGUCGGCUAGUCGGCCAGAUCAUUAGUUUCGUAUAAGUUCAGGUGAAAAACAAUAGUUUUGCUCUUUAGGUUGCGCUAUUUAUAUAUUAGCUUGGCUAAAAGGUGUUCUCUACAUGUUCAAAGACCUAUCACAAGAAUCCUCGUUCUAUUUCUGUCUUUCUUUUAUUUUGCGAUCCUGAGCAGACCGUCAGUAGGUACAACUUGUAGGAGGUAUUUCCAAGGCUCUAUUUCUCGUACGUAGUCGCCAGUUAAGAACCUAUCCCCUGGGGUCAGCGUCUUUUCGAGCAACGUGCCCUGUUUAUAAGUCUCUAAAUUUUGCAAUAACAUUAAUAGUUCCCCAUGGUUCCUCCAUUAAAAAAAACAAAAACUGAAUUAUAAUAAAAUCCUUUAAGUAUAGAACUUGGCCAUGAAAUUACACGAGAAUCAGUUGAGAUCGACCUGUAGAGGAAAACACCAGCCUACCACCAUACGAUAACGAUCAAACGGUCAAUUAUAUGAACAAAAGUUUUCACACCCUGAAUACGUAUUUUGGUAAAAUAGACAUAAAACAUAUGGUAAAUAUUGACUGUUGGCUUCUUUUUUCUGUUUUUCUUUCACUAAUAAGGUGCCGACUAAUCGGCCAUUUUUGCCGACUAGUCGCCGACUAAUCGCCGACUACAAAUGUGGCCGGAUAGUCGGCUUUCCCGACUAGUCGGCGACUAGUCGGUACAUCCCUAAUUAAAACAUUUACUUAUUUUUACAUAAAUACAAGACGCGCUAGUAAAAAGUGGCAAUAUAGCCUUACUUUCUUUGGUCUUGAAUUACGAUUUUCAGUAUAGGCAGUAAAGUCGGUACUAAAACUGAUUAUUCUGCUAAUUUUCCUUUCCUGAAGUAAUAUUUUCCAGUUGCGCAAAAAACACAAUGACUUUGCUUCGUUAAGCCUUCGAGAUAAGAGGAAAUGUUCGUUGUAGUACUCAGUAUUAUCAGGUGAGUUAAAGACGAGUUAAUAAUAAAAAUUUACAAUCACUAUCAAACAUUUCCCUGUAAUAUAGUCCGUUUUUUUUAGCAUUAGAAAGAACUUCGCAGAAGUAAGCUUGUGGUUCCAAAUCCGGCAUUUUAGCGGUAAUAAUUUGAAGUAAAUUAUAUGUAUUGACCAUGCUACAUUAGAUAAUUCAAUAAUUAUUAACAAUUAAAGAGCCUGAUAUAAACUGCACGCUUGCUUCUGUGGAGUUCUUUCUAAUGCUAAAAAAAACGAACUAUAGAUACUAACUUUUGCCCGCCACGUCUGCGUGGAAUUAGUAUACUAAUUUGGGUAGCUUAUUUUUCAUUUGCUUUUUAUUGAUACCCCAUACAAAUUUUCACCCCCUAAUGGGAUGGGUCAGCCUGUAUAGAAAUAUAUGGUACAUAUUUUUGAGAUGAUUUGUGCACCCAUAUUUUUACACUUGACUCCAGCUGAUCUGAUGGACGCAGGAGGUGGUCAUAGGAACCCUCUGUUUUAAGAUAAAUUUAACAUGUAUGUCUUUAUUAUUCGCUCGUCUUUCUUAUUAUAAUAUAAAAUAAUGUUAUAUUAAACUUAUCGCCUAUCUAAUAGUAGGGUAUUACCUAUUUAAUUUUAAGAUAAAUUGAACAUUGCUUAUCGGUAGAUAAGAAAUGGUCAAAUGCAAAAUUACUCGCUUGACCGGUAUUUUAUAUUGAUAAAAGAUACAUAUAUCAUGAUAAGAUAAUGAUUGUAUUAAGUUGUCAAAUGAUUUAAAUAAGUUAAAUGUUAAAAAAAAUUACUCGAAUACGAUUUUUCGUAUAAUCAUCUUAAAUACAAAAUAUUCAGGACUGUUACACUAAGAUUAAACAGAAAACUAAAUACAGUACGUAGCGGCCCGCUUUUUUAAAAUAUCUUCCGUUAAAUUGAAAUAAUCACGAUUAGUUAGCAGUGUGUGUGCACGUUGAUGGGCUCUUAAACAAGAACUUUUUAUUUGUAAUCAU